AUGUACGCCGCUCAGAAUAUAACGCCAACAGUUUUGGAUGCCAUGAACGGAAAUGUUUCCGAAUGGUAUAACGAAUGCGAUAAUGCCAUUAGAAGGUCAGAAAUAGUUCCUGGAACUUACGAAUAUACAACUGCUGUUUCUUAUGGAAACGUAGGUGAGUUUGGAGAAGGUUCUUCAACAACAGUAGAUAUUGCUUGCGACAGGUUUCAUAUUAUUUCUAUUGACAACUCAUUCUUAUACGUGGAACAAGACAUUGAAAUAAAACCUUCUUCCAAGUUGUCUGACAAGAAAGGUUGCAAUGGAAUUUUCUAUGUCGGAUACCAAUAUGCUCCAGAAGUUUUCAUGGGAUAUAAGAUAUAUUCUAACUCUGACUUAGUUCAAACAGUAACAUGGGCAAACUAUGAAUGGUUCGCUUUGAGAAACUCAGUACAACCACAAGCUAGAGAACAAACAGACCAGUAUGCAACUAUUGAGAAAAUAAGAAGACUUGACCCUAACGUUCCAGGAGUUUAUGUUAACCUUUCUGGUUCAGAUGGAACUGCUGCCACUAAAGUAAAACUGAAACUUAGAGUUCCUUUGUCAUCUUUCCUCAUCUUCAGGUUUUUAAGAUACUUGCCAAACUGGGCAGGAAAAAUUUCUAUCGAACUUACUCCAAGCAAAAAUAACUUAGUCAUUGCACCAACACAAGACCCAUUCACUAUUACAGACGUAAAGAGAACAAAUCAAACGUCAUUCGUCGAAUUUUGCAAAGACAAAGUUGACUUAGACUUUGGUUUCUCAAACUUCAACAAUGAAGUAAACUAUUAUUUCAAUGCUGCUGGAACUGCUUGGGACCCAGUUAAGUUCACAUGCGAAAAAUUUGAAUGCAAGAGAAUAGAAAGCAGACUUGCAGUCUAUAUGUUGGACCCAGAUAUUUCAAAUGCUUUAGCUGCCAAAUAUAUUGCAGUUCCACUUAUGUUCCCUAUACACCAAAUAUCUGUCAAAGACUUUGCAGGUGAAGUUGGAAACCAAGUUAGUUAG